AUGGACGUGGACGUGGACGUGGACGUGGAGGUGGACGUGGACAUGGACGUGGACGUGGACGUGGACGUGGACGUCGAAGUGGACGUGGACGAGGACGUGGACGUGAACGUGGACGAGGACGUGGACGUGGACGUGGACGUGGAAAUGGACGUGGACGUGGACGUGGACGUCGAAAUGGACGUGGACGUGGACGUGGACGUGGACGUGGAUGUAGAAAUGGACGUGGACGUAGAAAUGGACGUGGACGUAGAAAUGGACGUGGACGUGGACGUGGUGGUGGACGUGGACGUGGACGUGGAGGUGGAAGUGGACGUGGACGUGGACGUGGAAGUGGACGUGGACGUGGACGUGGAGGUGGACGUGGACGUGGACGUGGAGGUGGACGUGGACAUGGACGUGGACGUGGACGUGGACGUGGACCUGGACGUGGACAUGGACGUGGACGUAGACAUGGACGUGGACGUGGACAUGGACGUGGACGUGGACGUGGAAGUGGACGUGGACGUGGACGUGGACAUAGAAAUGGACGUGGACGUGGACGUGGACGUGGACGUGGAUGUGGACGUGGACCUGGACGUGGACAUGGACGUGGACAUGGACGUGGACGUGGACAUGGACGUGGACGUGGACGUGGACGUGGACGUAAACGUGGACGUAAAAAUAGACUUUGACGUGGACGUAGACGUGGACGUAGACGUGGAUGUGGACCUGGACGUUGACGUGGACGUGGACGUGGACGUGGACGUGGAGGACAUGGAUGUGGACAUGGACGUGGACGUGGACAUGGACGAGGACGAGGACGUGGACGUGGACGUGGACGAGGAGGACAUGGACGUGGACGUGGACGUGGACGUGGACGAGGACGAGGACGUGGACGUGGACGUGGACGUGGACGUGGACGAGGACAAGGACGUGGACGUGGACGUGGACGUGGACGUGGACGUGGACGUGGACCUGGACGUGGACGUGGACGUGGACAUGGACGUGGACGUGGACGUGGACGUGGACCUGGACGUUGACGUGGACGUGGACGUGGAGGACAUGGACGUGGACGUGGACGUGGACGACAUGGACGUGGACGUGGACGUGGACGUGGACGAGGACGAGGACGUGGACGAGGACGUGGACGAGGACGUGGACGUGGACAUGGACGUGGACGUGGACGUGGACGUGGACGUGGACAUGGACGAGGACGUGGACGUGGACGUGGACGUGGACCUGGACCUGGACGUUGACGUGGACGUGGACCUGGACGUGGACGUGGACGUGGACGUGGACGUGGACGAGGAGGACGUGGACGUGGACGUGGACGUUGACGUGGACAUGGACGUUGACGUGGACGUGGACGUGGACGUGGACAUGGACGUGGACCUGGACGUGGACGUGGACGUGGACGUGGACGUGGACAUGGACCUGGACCUGGACCUGGACGUGGACGUGCACGUGGACGUGGACGUGGACGUGGAGGACAUGGACGUGGACGUGGACGUGGACGUGGACGUGGACGUGGACGUGGACGAGGACGAGGACGUGGACGUGGACGUGGACGUGGACGUGGACGUGGACGUACGCGUGAACGUGGACGUGGACGUGGACGUGGACGUGGACAUGGACGUGGACGUGGACGUGGACGUGGACGUGGACCUGGACGUGGACGUGGACGUGGACGUGGACGUGGACCUGGACGUGGACGUGGACGUGGACGUGGACGUGGACGUGGACGUGGACCUGGACGUUGACGUGGACGUGGACGUGGAGGACAUGGACGUGGACGUGGACGUGGACGUGGACGUUGACGUGGACGUAGAAAUGGACGUAGACGUGGACGUGGACGUGGAGGUGGAGGUGGACGUGGACGUGGACGUUGACGUGGACGUGGACGUGGACGUGGACGUGGAGGACAUGGACGUGGACGUGGACGUGGACGUGGACGUGGACGUGGACGUGGACGAGGACGAGGACGUGGACGUGGACGUGGACGUGGACGUGGACGUAGAAAUGGACGUGGACGUGGACGUGUAG